GCGCCCGCAGGGGAGCUAAUCCUUAAAUAGGAGACAGGUGAGAGUGGAGGUAGCCUACGGCGCAUCGAUCCACCUGCAUUCUCACCGGACUAGUCGGGAACGGUAAGCCUAUGAAGAUGAUCAAAGCCAUGUUCUCUGUACUUCUGGUCCUGGUGGCUGUGUCUUCUACCUUUGGGAAAUACAUCCCAAAGUCUGGCAAGAGGAUCCCUCAGACUCUGUCCAGAGGAUGGGGUGAUCAGCUGAUUUGGGCUCAGACCUAUGAGGAGGGUCUUUACUGGUCCAGGUCAAAAAACAAGCCUCUGAUGGUCCUCUUUCACCUGGAAGACUGCCCCCACAGCCAGGCGCUGAAGAAAGUUUUUGCUGAAGACGAUGAGAUCCAGAAAAUUCUCGAUGAGGACUUUAUCGUCCUGAAUUUGGUGUAUGAAACCGUAGAUAAAAAUCUCUCUCCUGAUGGAAAGUACGUUCCCAGGUUCCUUUUUGUGGACCCCACAAUGACCGUGAGAGCUGACAUCACUAGUCGCUACAGCAACCGCAUGUAUACCUAUGAACCAGGUGACCUCCAACUCUUGAAAAGCAACAUGAAGAAAGCCAAGAAGCUCCUGAAGUCUGAGCUGUGAGCAUCACACACAUGCGUGACGUGUGACCUGAUCCAGAGUUUAUUGUCACCUCAGAUGCCAAUAACAUGCUGUCACUACCAGUUUACACUUGGAAAACUAAGCACUGGAAUGUUUCUUCUCUUCAUCUUUGCUUAAAAUGUUUCACCCUUGAAGUUCUUUCAUGAUUCUUACCUUUGUUAUUAUUGCUGUAUAUCCAGAAUGCUUUUUGAAUAAAUAUGGUA